AUGAUUGCAUAUCGAAAUGGAAUUUAUUAGGGAACCUUGCAAAAUGGGAUUAAGGAAGGAAUAGGAAUAUUUUGGUGGCCUACAGGAUCUAUUUAUAUUGGUGAAUGGUACAAGGAUAUGAUUCAUGGAGAGGGGAUUAUAUUGAUCAAUGACAAUAUCAUAAGAGCUUAAUUCAAGAAUAACAAAUUUCAUGGUUUAUGUGUUAAUUAUACGUAUCCUAUUCCACCCUAUUGUUCUAGUUAGAGUGAAUUUUAUAGAUUUGAAUAUGGAUAAUUGAAUGGAAAAUGUUUGAAGGGAUAAACAGUUUCUCAAUAUCGCAGAGGAGACUUGAUUCAAAUCGAUACAAAUUUAGAAUCUGUUGAUGUUUUGUUAGGUAUUAUAUGA